AUGAUACUUAAACGGAGCCCGUUGAAGAUUUUGCAUUCCGGGAUACGGAACUUGAAAAUACCAGGUCAGACAGUCGGUUUUGCUGGUUUAAUGAGCAGUAGUAGACUAAACCCUACCAUUGCAAUAGCACCUGCCAACACGGGUACAUUCGAAAAAAAGCCAGAACAGGACAGUAUAAUGCUUGAGAAGGAUAUAUCGCGUGCUGAAAAUGUGACUAGUUACUUAAAUAAGUAUAAGGCGUUGUUUCGAAAAGACGUAAUAACAAAUUCGCAGAUUGACACUUUCGAAGAAAUCAAUGACUCAAGUCAAAAGCAAGUGAUCAAGAUUGGUAUUAUAUAUGAAGAUGAAGUCGUGGCGGAAGAGUCUAAAAUUAUUGACAGUAUACUUUCAGACCCAUUAUCCUCUGGAAAUGAAUCUUGGUUCUCUGGGAUUGUUGAAAGGUCUCGUCAACAUAAUAACAAAUUCAAAUAUGGGUUGGAGAGCGAACUCGGACCCCAUGACCGUGGUAUUCAAGAAGAGUUCAAGGUUCCAUCGCCAAUUUUGAAUUCUAUGUAUAGACCCUCUUAUAUGAAGUCAACAGAUGAGGAAAUAUCAAAUGAUAUUGAAAUAUGGGAAAUUAAUGACAAGGCCCAAUUGGUCGACAACCCUAAAAUGUGUCAUUUCUACAUCAAUGUUACUAGAAAUUUUACAACCACAAUUCAAGAAUACUCUAAACUGUUACAAAACCACAUAUUAUUGACAGUUGUUGAUAAUACAGAAUACUCGCCUAGCUCAACUGAGUCUACGCCUAUUUCAAUAGAUAUGACAGCCGAAAACAACCAGCAUAUAAUAAAGAUUAACUCCCAAUUAAGUUUCCAUGGAAUAAAUCAGUUUCUCAAGUACGACACUGAAGUAUCCACACAGUACCUCCAAUCAUUGAUUCACAGUAACAUAUAUGAACUAUCAAAGUGCAUUGGAAAAUUCCUGCAAACAGAAACAUUAUGUCUGUGGUUACUAAGCAAUAUCAGUACUAAUAUUUCAAAGUAUAAUAUAACACCAGAUGCAAUUACUGAAGUGUAUUCAUCGAUUAAAUCAGACGUUAUCCCUCGAUUCAGUGAUUCCGUUCAUUCAGAAUUGCAAAACGUACUUAUACCUAAAACAAAUACAUAUUUCAAAAGAAAAUUGAGAUGGUGGAAAUUGUAUUUGAAGAAUGAUAAUGUUGAAUACGACCUCAAGGACUUUUUCAACGAAAAUUUUAUGGGUUCAAGCAUAGAGAGUUAUAACUACGUUCGAGGAAAACUUGUAUCCCAAAUGCAGCAACACGAGUAUGCACAAUAUCAAAACAACACCGAAAUCACAAAUCCUUUAUUGAAGAUGAAAAAUGAUCUUGUGAAUGAAAGGCUAAUGACUGAAAUUCAACCUGUUGUUUAUUCCAGUAUCGGUCUUGCAUUUGUAUAUUACCAAUUGCCCCUUUCAAUUUUAUCAUUCCUAGCAUACCAAUACUUUGAAUUUACAUCAAGUAGCGCAAUUGCCAUUGCGUUGUUAGGAUGGGUUGUUGGAUUCAACCAAGUGUCUAAACAAUGGGAAAAAUUUACUUAUGCCUGGUUACAAGAGUUGUACGAAGACGUGAGAGUAUGCAUUGGAAGAGACUGUAUUGAGGAGGGUCUUCUUAAAGAACUAAAUUCACGCUACAAUGAUGAGCGUAACAUACUUGCUAUCAAAAACGAGAUCUUACAAGGCAUUAAAGACUCUAGACAUAUAGAUGUAUAA